CCGGGUCUUGCCGCGUUGCGGGGCGGCGAUGGGCCUGGCGCUGCGCCUGCUGCUGCUGGGGGCUGUAGUGCUGCGGGGGGGUCACUCGCGCCUGCACUCUUGGCGCAUAUUCCACACGGUGGUGUCGCAGUCCGGUCCGGGACUGCCCUGGCACAGGUAUGUAGGCUGCGUGGAUGACCAGGUCAUCUUUGAAUACAGCAGCGAGAAGCAGAGGGUGGAGCCCCGCGCAGCGUGGAUGACGCAGAACGAGGGCCUGGAGUUCUGGGACCAUCAGACCUUUUGGGCACGGCGCUGGGAGGCCUGGUUCAGAGCAAGUCUGAACACCCUGCGUGAGCUCUACAACCAGACCGGCGGCUUUCACAUUAUCCAGAUGAUACUUGGCUGUGAUCUCCAGGAAGACAACACCACUUGGGGGUUUUACCAGGAUUCAUAUAACGAACGAGACUUUCUUGCCUUCGAUAAGGAGACCAUGACUUGGGUAGCAGCAGAUAUUGGGGCUCAGAUCACCAAAAGAAGAUGGGAUGCUGAAGUAUUUGACAACCAGCGGUGGAAACAUUACCUGGAGGAGGAAUGUAUUCCCUGGCUAAGGAGUUCUCUAGAGUACGGGAGGGAGACUCUGCAGAGGAAAGUGCGCCCAACAGCUAGAGUGAGUGACAGGUCAUCUCAUGAUGGCCUCACCACCCUCUCCUGUAAGGUCAGUGGGUUCUAUCCCCGGGACAUCACCGUGACCUGGCUGAAAAAUGAGGAAAGCAGACAGCAGGAGACCUACUCUGAAGGCAUCCUACCCAGUGGGGAUGGGACCUACCAGACCUGGGUGACAAUGGAGAUUGAUCCCAAGAUCAAAGCCCAUUAUUCAUGUCACAUGGAGCAUGAAAGCCUGUUAGAGCCACUCUCUGUCUCCUGGGAACCAAAUAACAACCUGAUUCCCACUGUGGCUGGAGUUAUCACUGCAGUUGUCCUGAUUGGUGGUAUAAUUGGAGUAGUCAUCUGGAAAAAUAGACUCCCAGGGAGGAAUGGAGACGGCUACGCUGUAGCUUAGGCAAAUGACCAAGGAUCUAGUGGCUCUGACGUAUCUGCCAAGGCUUAACAGAGCUUGUUGGAGUCUGUGCCACAACCUGAGGGGAUCCCAGAGAGGAAGAUUGAUGAGCUCUAGUCUGUCUGCCUACAAGAACCAAUCAACCUCUCCCUAGCUUUUCUCUGGCACUUGGAGCGUCCCAUGUGGGAUUUCUAAGCUCAUCUGUCUGCUCACUGAACCAAUUUUUUACUUUUCAGAUGUAAUAGUUUUCUGUAAAAAUGUUUUAUUUGCACAAAAUAAUUUCCAAAAUUUUAAUGGAUAAAAACUUCUUUAGUAAGAUUUUAGUAUUUGCUAUAUUUAGUGUGUGCAGUCUGUGCUCUGUGCCAUGCAGUGCUGUUUGCACACCCUGUACCAUACGCUAGAUAUGUGAGCAGUAACUGCUUGUGUGUAUAUAGUGGGGGAUGUGUUUUUGUUUUUUCUCUGCAGAAUUUCAUGAUUAUAACAUGGUCAAUUUCCUGGUCUGCUCGCAGCUGGUAGCACUGUUGCCAUCAUCAGCCGAGAGAGGCUGUUGGACAGGAGUAAGUGUCUGCGUUUUAGUUUAUAAGUGCCUCUGAUGUCCUUUUCACCAUUCAUAGAGCCAUAGAAAUGCUGGGCUAGAAGGGACCUCAAGAUGUCAUCAAGUCCCGCCCCUGAUCUUGGGCAGCACCAAGUAAACCUAGACCAGUCCUGACAGGUGUUUGUCCAGCCUGUUCUUAAAAACCUCCAAAGACGGGGAUUCCACAUCCUCUCUAGGCAACCUGAAGUUGGGCAUUUUUCUAAUGUUGCGUUUGUAGACUGUACCUCAGUUUCCCCCAUGUGCUGCAUGUCUAACCAAGGUGGGAGGGGGGAUGUCUGUUGUUGCAGAGGACCAGGUGUGACCCAGUCUAGCAGCUGGGACCCCAGACCAGGGCCUUGACACUUUGUAACUUAGCGACUGAUGACCCGAAGGCCCAUCCCAACUUGGAGCCAGACAGUUAUGAGCAGCAGAGAGAACGAAGAGCUGAAGAGAGGAUGAUCUGGAGAUUGGUUUGUCCAGGAAAGAAGACAAAAAGAGUGGAGGUGGGGCCUCGGAGGUGACACAGGGUGGGCUACAGAAAGGAGUCGUCACUUCUGGGCUGGGAACAAAGAGCAGCCUGAGCCCAUCUGGAAGGGGACAGACCCAGAUGGACACCCCGGAGAAGAACAUCUUGCGCUGUGCUGCAGAUGUACAAUAAACACUAAUGUGUUGCUCUGGCUGAGAAUCACUGCCGGCUAGAGAGAGGUAGGAAUGCUGAAGGCUCAGACAUGCAGUACUAGGAGGCAGAGGAGAAGCCUACAGCUUAAACUCUGAGGAAAGAGAGUUACCUUACAUAGGGUCAAUACUAUGAAGAAUGGUUCCUCCCAGGAGCCAAGAGAGCACUGGCCUGUGAGUCUGUGACAACCCGUUCCACAGCUAACUCAUUAUAGCUAGAAGGGUUUUCCUAAUGUCUAAACUAAAUUCCCCUUUCUCCUACUAUCAGUGCACCUGGACAACGAUUGGUCACCGUUCUCUUCAUAGCAGUCCUUAAUGCAAGGGUAGCUAAUUAUUUUUUGUCAAGGUCCAAAUUUCUUGGUCCAGAUAUAGUCACAGUCCAGACUCGAGAAACAUUUAUCACACCACAAGUGCCCCUGUUCAGUGAACACAUGCAGUGCUGUGAAAUAUACUCAGGGCCUAUGUUGUUUAUAUUCUUGGUGCAUUAAAUGAAAAAUAAAAUCAAACCACUGUAUAGCCUAAAAUAAUCUCGAAGAAAGAUGUAAUUUGUCUGAAACUUUGAGAAAGUAUUUAGAACAACGUCAAAUAGAUGCAAAUAGUAGCAUUAAAAAUACUUUUAGGUAACAUUAAGUUUUGUAUGAGUUUUGUCAAAUGCAGUUAUUGUAGGCAUAUCUGCAUAUAGAUAAACAUAUUCAAAAUUU